CAUGACGUAUUUCAAAUAUCUGUUUUUAUUUCUAUUUUAAGUUUUAAAGAACUUUAAAAGUUAAAUAGUGUUUUCAAAAAUUAAAAUUUUUAAAAGAUCUGUUUAAAUAAUGGAUAUAAAGACGUUGUUAAAGAAACGUGUAGAAAAAAUAAGAGUUGAACGUAACGAAAAGAAUUUAACAGAAGAAGAUGUACAAGAAAUUAAUAAGAAAAUUGAAGAUGAACAAUUUCAAAAAUUAUAUAAAAAUUGGAAGGGUACACUACCGGAAGAUGUUGACGAGACUUACAAAGUAAUACCGAAAUUUUAUUUUAAAUUACCUAAACAUAAUGAAAUUCUUCCACAAAAAUUGCGUGAAGAAACUCGUGCAUUAUUUUUACAAAGACGUAGUCGAGGUUUAUUAGAUGAUAAAGAGUUGAAGACAUUAUGGUCGUUAUUAGAUCAACAUCAUUCACCACCAUAUAACCCCGAAGAACAGUUUAUUAACUAUACGGAUUUCUUGAAAGUUGCGUCGUUACAUCCAAAAUGUAAAUCAUAUUUUACGGCAACAGUUUUUGCGAAAUUACAACAAGGUGAUCCGUAUGGACGUAUUUCGAUAGUUGCAUUAUUUAAUUAUGUUAUGCGAAAAGUUUGGGUUUAUCAAACAAGAAUUGGUUUAUCAUUAUACGAUAUCACAGGUCAAGGAUAUUUACGAGAAUCGGAUUUGGAAAACUACAUUCUUGAAUUAAUACCUACAUUACCACAAUUAGAAGGAUUGGAAAAAUCAUUUCAUAGUUUUUAUAUGUGCACUGCAGUUCGAAAAUUUUUCUUCUUUUUGGAUCCUUUACGAACAGGCCGAAUUCGUAUACAAGACAUUUUAGCAUGUAGUUUUUUAGAUGAUUUAUUAGAGUUAAGGGAUGAAGAUUUUCCAAAAGAUAUGCAAGAACAAAAUUGGUUUUCAGCACCAAGUGCACUUCGUGUAUAUGGACAAUAUCUAAAUUUAGAUAAGGAUCAUAAUGGGAUGUUGAAUAAAGAAGAAUUAGCAGGAUACGGUACUGGAACAUUAACUGGCGUGUUUUUGGAUCGCGUGUUUCAAGAAUGCUUAACAUAUGAUGGUGAAAUGGAUUAUAAAACAUAUUUAGAUUUUGUUUUAGCCCUUGAAAAUCGACAUGAACCACAAUCCCUGCAUUAUUUAUUUCGAAUACUUGAUAUUAAUUCACAAGGAUAUCUGACAGCUUUUAAUUUGAAUUACUUCUUUCGUGCUAUUCAAGAACAACUUGUAUCCCACGGUGCCGAGCCUGUUAUUUUUGAAGAUAUUAAAGAUGAAAUAUUUGAUAUGGUGAAACCAGCUGAUCCAACAAAAAUUACUUUACAAGAUUUGAUAUCUUGUGGACAAGGCGAUACAAUGAUCAGUAUUUUAAUUGAAUAUCAUGGCUUUUGGGCUUAUGAAAAUCGAGAAGCAAUAGCAGCUGAUGUUGGAGGCGAUGACUCACAUCGAGUUUAAAUGGUUUUUAAUAAACUUUUAUUUUUAAGUGUUGUGA